AAUUUAGCACAACAACCUUCUUUCGGAUCCAAAAGACGCCUAACAGACUUCGCAGUUCGCACAACCGGCACAGGGGCUGCUUCCCCAUCGGCUCAACCCGUUUGACACGAAAAACGAAACUGAAUCCCGAAAUUUUAAUCCGACAAAUUGUCGGAUUUGUAGAACUUAGAAUCAGUUCUUCCCAGUCCUCUCUCUUCCUCUAGAGCCUGGGAUUUCAGCCAUGGAGGGUGUAGUGGUACAGAACCAGUCACAACAACAGCAACAGCAACAGCAACAGCAACAACAGCAGCAGCAGCAGCCGGAGAGGUUGAACCAAGCGGUGCAGCAGCAGCUGAACCUGGAAAAUGUGAAGACCCGAGCUAUCAAUCUCUUUCAAGCCAUGUCUCGCAUCCUCGAAGACUUCGACGCCUAUGCUCGCACCAACACCACCCCCAAAUGGCAAGACAUUUUGGGGCAAUAUUCUAUGGUGAAUCUUGAGCUUUUCAACAUCGUUGAUGAAAUUAAGAAGGUUUCCAAGGCUUUUGUAGUAAAUCCAAAGAACGUGAAUGCAGAGAAUUCUACAAUACUACCAGUUAUGUUGUCUUCGAAACUGUUGCCCGAGAUGGAAAUGGAUGAUAACUCCAAAAGAGAGCAGUUGCUUCAUGGGAUGCAAAACCUGCCAAUAUCCUCACAAAUCGAGAAGUUAAAGGCUAGGAUUGAUAUGAUUGGAGCAGCCUGUGAAAGUGCUGAAAAAGUACUAGCUGACACUCGUAAGGCCUAUUGUUUUGGAGCUCGUCAAGGGCCAUCGAUUGCCCCAACUUUGGAUAAGGGCCAAGCUGCAAAAAUUCACGAACAAGAGAAUUUACUCCGAGCUGCUGUACAUCUAGGCGAAGGAUUACGAAUGUCUGGAGAGCAUAGGCAAAUCACGCCUGCACUUCCGUUGCAUUUGGUAGAUGUAGUCACUGGAGGUGAUGGAAUGCAAAGUUUUGCUGAUGCCUCAGGUAUGUAUUUGAAGAAUAAUCCUAUGUCAUCAAAUAGCAUCAGUGGACAGGGAACUUUGUUAUCGGCUUCUGCAUCGCAACUUAUUGGAAGAUCAGCUGCAUCUCCUGGUGCUACAAGUGCUACUUCCUUUGAUAACACAGCUGCAUCUCCGCUGCAAUAUGCAAAUUCUCCUAGGUCAGGUACAAACAUGAUGAACACACCAUCUCCUCAGCAACAAACCCCUCAACAGCAGCAGCAGCAGCAGCAGCAGCAGCUAAGGCAGAAACUGAUGCAGAUACCUCAACAUCAGCCGCAAAUCCUUGCUCAGCAACAGUUCAGGCAAUCUACAAUGCAAGGACUGGCACAGAACCAGCAGCCACAACUGCAUGAUUUGCAGGGCCAGGCUCAGCAGAAGUUUCAGUCGUUACAUGGCCAAAAUCAGAUGCAAUUUUCUCAAGCGAUGGGGCACCAGCAGUUUCAGAGGCAGUUGCCUUCAGGACAUGUUCAGCAUGGCAUUGGUCAAAGCCAACUUAACCAGGGAAAUCAGAUGAAUCGCCACUUAAGUCAGUUUUCUGGCAAUGCUAAUAGUGCAUUGUUUAAUGCAGCUCAGGCGACAUCAAAUACGCAAAUGAUUCCAAACAUUUCGGCGACUAUGUCAUCGCAGUCACUUAUACCACGGAUGCAGUUUGGAUUAUCUGGUAGCAAUCCCCAGCGAAGUCAUGCUUCCCAAAUUUUGAGUGAUCAGAUGUUUAAUAUGGGAGCAGCCAAUCCUAGUGGUAUGAUGCCAAUACAACAGCAGCAGCAACAACAGCAGCAUGGCUCACAAACUACAUUUGGUAAUAUGCAACCAAAUGCGCAGAAUCUACAACCUGGUAUGGUAGCACUUCAGAACACGCAACAGAAUCUUCCCAAUUUCUCCCAACAGAGACAGCAAAACCCACAGUGAUGCAAUAUAUGAUUGGGGAAGUAAUUCUCAUUUUUUGGUGUUUUAUAGUAGUGUCGAUGUGAUGGAGUUGAAGGGGUUCCAACAAUUUAGUACAUACUACAUACUUUUAGGCCACGACAUUCUGUGAGGAUGGACGUGAGGUACAUGGAACAUACGUAACAAAACAAGUGAACGUGAAAACUUGUUGCAUGCGACAUGCAUGCAGAGAAGAGCUUACGGGCACGUGAAGAAUGAGAAGGUUACGCUGGGGGGACUGGGUCACCUGCAGGACUUGGUCAUUGGCAGUUAGAGUGAUGUUUUCUGCAUAUUUAGUUUGUUAGUUCGUGUACUCUGUUUUUCUGCAUGUUUAUUUCGUGUGCUCUGUUUUCUGUUUUUACAUGUGUUUGCGUCCAGUUGUUAGUUUCUAGUUUUCCUUUUGUUUCGGUUUGCUAGUUUGUACGUGGCUUUGCUUAUUUAAGCAGCUCAUGCCUCAGUUAAUGAGAUUAUCAAGUAUUUUGCAGUCAAAUUGUGGUACAUUUCUCACCCGAAGAAAAGACAACUAUCCUAGCGUUUA